CCACUACAACUCACACUCAAGCACACUACCAUUAUGAGUAAGGCAACGACACUGCUCCUCUUCUUGUUCUUCACGCUCCUCCUCACGACCUCUUUAUCUAAAGAUCUCUGUCACAAAGAUGACAAAAACACUCUCCUCAAGAUCAAGAAGUCACUUAGCAACCCUUACAACAACAUCAUCUCCUGGGACCCCAAAGAAGACUGCUGCACCUGGUUCAACGUUGAGUGCGGCGACGCCACCGUCAACCACCGUGUCACCUCCCUACACAUUAGUUACGACCAGAUAUCCGCUCAGAUUCCUCCUGAAGUAGGCGACUUACCUUAUCUGCAAACACUAAUCUUCCGCAAGCUCUCUAACCUCACCGGCCCAAUCCAGCCCACCAUUGCCAAGCUCAAGUACCUCCGUUUUCUCAGGCUCAGCUGGACCAACCUCACCGGCCCUAUUCCUGAUUUCUUUAGCCAGCUCAAGAAUCUCCAGUACAUAGACCUUUCUUACAAUGACCUCUCUGGUUCCAUACCUACUUCUCUUGCUUUGUUACCUAAACUUGAGUAUCUUGAACUCAGCAGAAACAAGCUCACAGGUCCAAUACCAGAGUUAUUUAGGUCGUUUCCAGGAAAAGCCCCUGACCUUUUCCUAUCACACAACCAGCUCAAUGGUUCAAUACCAAAGUCACUAGGCAAGCUAGACUUUUACCGGAUCGAUCUUUCCCAUAACAAGCUAAAAGGUGACGCUUCGAUGUUGUUUGGAACCAAUAAAAAGACAUGGACUAUUGAUUUAUCAAGAAACAUGUUCCAGUUCGAUAUCUCCAAGGUUAAGGUUGCUAAGACAGUUAACCUCUUGGACUUGAAUCACAAUGGGAUCACAGGGAGUAUCCCGGUUCAAUGGACAGAACUUAGUCUCCAGACUUUCAAUGUUAGCUAUAAUAGAUUGUGUGGACCCAUCCCGAAAGGAGGGCAACUUCAGAGAGAUGGGGCUUAUGCCUAUCUUCACAACAAGUGUUUGUGUGGUGCACCUCUUCAGAGAUGCAAGUGAUGUUUCAAGCAACCAAGGCUUCUUUAUUACCAUCAUAAUAAAUAAAGUCUAAGGUCAUGUAUCUUUCAUUUGGAAUAAUUAAUAAAAAAUAUGAAGCAAAUGGGCAUUUGGUAAA